CAAUCAAAAUUUCCCUCCACACAUUUCUUCAUUACCUUAUCUUUCAAACAAAGAAUUCCUCUGCCGUAAUUUUCCUUGCUCUUUCUUUCAUGUCUACUGCCUUAAACGAUAAAUUAACAACCUUCAACACAAGCCUCCGAUAAAAUUGGAACCUUGCUAAUAAUCAUCUGACCAACAAAAAUGGUAACCCAGUUGGGUUUUGCAAUCAAUUCUCCUCGUCUUUCAUUUUCCCCUCCACUUCUUCACAAACCUUUCAACUCACUUUCCACUUCUUCUUCUUCUUCAUCGAAGCUUCACUUCAAUUCUUCCGCUAAGUUUAUCGAUCACAAAUCACUUGCCCGGCGUAGAGUUUUCAUUAUUUCAGCUAAAGCUGCUGAUCAACAACAAGACCAGGCUUCGGAAGACGAGGUUAUUGACAGUAAUGUCUUGCAGUAUUGUAGCAUAGACAAGAAGGAGAAGAAGACAGUAGGGGAACUUGAGCAAGAUUUUCUCCAAGCACUCCAAUCGUUCUACUAUGAGGGAAAGGCUACCAUGUCAAAUGAAGAAUUUGAUAAUCUCAAGGAAGAACUGAUGUGGGAAGGAAGCAGCGUUGUGAUGCUAAGUUCGAGUGAACAAAAGUUUCUGGAAGCUGCGAUGGCCUAUGUAUCUGGGAAACCUAUAAUGACAGACAAAGAGUACGACGAAUUGAAAUUACAACUCAAGAUUGACGGAAGCGAAAUCGUUGUAGAGGGUCCAAGAUGCAGUCUUCGUAGUAAAAAGGUCUACAGCGAUUUGACGGUUGACUAUGUUAAGAUGUUUCUACUGCAAGUCCCAGCAGCUGUUGUUGCACUUGGAUUGUUCUUCUUCCUGGAUGACAUUACUGGAUUUGAAAUCACAUAUCUUUUGGAGCUUCCAGAGCCAUUCAGCUUCAUUUUCACGUGGUUUGCUGCUCUGCCCCUCAUUUUCUAUCUAUCUCAAGCAUUCACAAACGCUAUCGUGAAAGAUUUUCUGAUCCUAAAGGGCGCCUGUCCGAACUGUGGAACUGAAAAUACAUCCUUCUUCGGAACUAUACUAUCAAUAGCUAGCGGUGGUGUUACUAAUACAGUUAAAUGCACAAACUGUGGCACUCCUCUAGUAUAUGAUUCCAAAACUCGUUUGAUUACAUUGCCAGAACAAGCUUGAUAAGAGGGAUGACAUCUAUCUGAAUGACUCCCAACCUUCUCUACUGUUAACCUAUGGUGAUAAGCUGCAUUAAGUAAUUUUGGUAUCGUCAAAAGAAUGAUAACCUGAGAGGGAGACCCACCUUGUGCUAUCUGUACCUUUUUAAGUCUUGUUAAUAUGUAUAUUGUGUUAUACCUGGAUACCAACAGAAUGGAAAGAAGUAUGUAAUGAUUGAUUAUAUGCUGUUUGCAAUAUUAAGGGAAGCGUCUUAUAGGUAGUGAAACUUAAUGCUAAUGGAACUACAAUGGCCAAUUUGCAGUGCUGAUGUUCAUGAUUCUGUUGUUUGUUGAAAAAAAUAGUUUGAUAAUUUAA